AUGCUAGGCAAGCUCUACGCGGCGUAUGACAACAACCAGAAGGCGAUCGAUAGUUUCGUCGCUGCGCUGAAGCUGAAUCCCUUCAUGUGGGAUGCCUUCACCGGUCUAUGCGAUCUCGGGGCUGCGGUCCGUCCCCACAACAUUUUCAAGAUUACUCCCGACAUGCUAGCAUCGAUAUCGCACACGACAUCGAACGGAGCUACACAUUCUACCGCACCACAAGAGAGCACCGACUCAAGAAAUCCCUUCGUUUCGACUCCGGACGCCGACCCGUUCAACCCCUCAAGUCGGCAAGGAGCCGAUGUUGGACUGCACCAAGGGGGCGCGAAUCUGUUUUCGCGGCUGAAUGGCAAGAGUCAGACAAACGGUGGAUAUCAAAACAUGGAGACGCCGGUCGCGAAUGGUCAGAACUAUCACGACGAAGAUGUCAUGAUGGGCGAAGUGGGAGGCCCGGUCUUGAACGAGCAAGGUCCGGAAGCCCAGAACAACCAGCCACCACCACGGAGGGCACGCUUGAACUUUAACGCAGCAGAGGAUCCACCGAAGAUGCGCCCGAUCACGUCGCGAUCUAGGACCAAGGCGAUUCCUGAGACCGACCAGACGGAUAUCCCUAGGCCCAUCAACCAGAACGGCCAUAAGAGGACUGUUUCUGGCCAUUCGACACAACACAGCCAGUCGUCGAGUAACCAGGCCAUAGACCCCACAGCUGCCCCACCACGAAGAAGUGUCCGUUUGCUGAAUUCCGUAACGACAGGUUUCCGUACAGGAAGCAGUCGGAUGGCGAACGGAGCAAGCAAGGAUCCAGAGGCAAAGGACCGUAGUAGAGAGCUCCGCAAGGUGAAGGCAACGGGCACCAAAGGCAAACCCGGCUCAACUUCAACUGUGGGAAGGGUUGUCAGUGGGAACCGUAACCCGCAUUUCGACGUUGUCGACUCAGCAAAACCCCAGUCGCGGCCCACAAGUGCCGCUGCGUUCAACGCCCCACCACCACGAAUGGCACCGCCGGUUGAUACUGCGCGGGAGCAAGAGGCGUUGACCUGGCUGCUAGGUUUGUUACUCAAGAUCGGGUCAGGCUACAAGCAUUUGAGCAAGUACGAUACCAAGAAGGCGUUGGAGAUGUUCGGGUCGAUCACCCCGGCACAGCGUGACACCCCCUGGGUGCUAGCACACAUUGGAAAAGCUUACUACGAACGGGAUCAGUAUGUCGAGGCAGAGGAAGUCUUCCAAAGGAUACGAGAGAAGGUACCAUCGUACCUGGAGCACAUGGAAGUUUACUCGAACACAUUGUGGCAACUGAAGAAGGAGGUCCCAUUAGGUCAUCUCGCGCACACCCUCAUGGACCAGGAUCGUCUUUCACCACAGGCUUGGUGCGCUCUCGGAAACGCCAAGUCAUUAGAUCGACAGCAUGACGAUGCGAUUCAGUGUUUCGUUCGAGCUUCUCAGCUUGAUCCGAAGUUCGCCUACGCCUUCACGCUCCAAGGCCACGAACACGUCGCCAACGAGGAGUUCGAUAAGGCCAUGAUAGCAUUCAGGGGUGCCAUCAGCGCUGACAUCCGUCACUACAACGGAUGGUAUGGCUUGGGCACCGUGUACGAGCGCAUGGGCAAAUUUGACGUGGCUGAGAAGCACUACCGGGAAGCAACACGUAUCAAUCCGAACAACCCCAUGGUUCUUGUACGGAUUGGCAUAAUGCUUGACCGCAUGAAGAAGACCGAGGCCGCAUUGAUGAUGUUUGAGAACGCUCUCAAGGCGGAUAUGUACUCAAAGAUGGCCCGCUUCCGCAAGGCGCAAGUGCUGCUUAAGCUGAAUGCGCCAAGUCAGUCAGUCGAGGAGUGUCUGAUCUUGAAAGACAUUGCUCCAGAAGACCCCAACGUCCAUUUCCUGCUUGGACGGUGCUACAAGAGGCUCCAUGAUCGCGCCAACGCUAUCAAGCAUCUGACCAUCGCCAUGAACCUCGAUCCCAAGUCACAUGGCAUCAUCAAAGAGGUUCUGGAGAGUAUUGACCAGGACGAUGACGGCGGUUGGAGCAGUGAAGAUGACCACUAA